ACUCAUCAGCUUGAAGAAUGCUGUGGGCAAAUUGCUAUCUGCAAAUGACAUACAUAUAGAAUUCUCCUGUUUUUUCUAGAGUCUUUCAAUUAUACAGCAACCAAGCCAACAAAAAUUGUUACCACAGGCGUUGGUCAUUCGGUUCAAAAUAUACAUCCUUAGACUAAAAAUCACUGAAAAAAAAACAGAACAACCUAAAUGAGCUACUUAUUACCCCAUUUACACAGUGGUUGGCACGUUGAUCAAGCUAUACUGUCGGAACAGGAAAGACUGGUUGUUAUUCGAUUUGGACGUGAUCAUGAUGAGGAAUGUAUGAAACAAGACGAGGUUUUGUAUAAAGUCGCUGAAAAGGUGUCUAAUUUUGCUGUCAUUUAUUUGGUUGACAUUGAUGAAGUACCCGAUUUUAAUAAGAUGUAUGAACUUUAUGACCGCACAACAAUCAUGUUUUUCUAUCGCAAUAAGCACAUGAUGGUUGACCUGGGUACUGGUAACAAUAACAAAAUUAAUUGGGCUCUGGAAGAUAAGCAGGAGCUUAUCGAUAUCAUAGAGACAGUCUACAGGGGUGCCCGUAAAGGAAAAGGUCUUGUUAUUUCUCCUAAGGAUUACUCGACUCGACACCGUUACUAGAUACACAAUCAAGCCCGAAAUAUACCUACUAUACCUGACUUGUGCGCUCGAGCGAUUACAACUGUACAUACAACACAUUAACGUCUUAAAGCUUUUUUGCGUCCUCAUCAAAUGCUUUAUGAGCUCUACAAUGUAUUGAUAUUUAAAAAUGGGUAUUUAAGGAAAUAAUAAAUAAUAAUAAAGGUUAGUAAAUCCAAUCAAGA